GGCAAUUUCGACUAUAAAUAUAGCACCUCCCAAACCCUAGUUCUUGAUCUAUCAGAUAAAUAAUUCACGUAAUUACCUCAGCGAUUUGUCGACGCUCCUUGAAUCUAUCUCUCGCCCUCAAGAUGCAGAUCUUUGUGAAAACUCUCACCGGAAAGACCAUCACCCUUGAAGUUGAAAGCUCCGAUACUAUCGACAAUGUGAAAGCCAAAAUUCAGGACAAGGAGGGAAUCCCACCAGACCAGCAAAGGCUCAUUUUUGCUGGUAAGCAACUGGAAGAUGGUCGAACUCUUGCUGACUACAAUAUCCAAAAGGAGUCCACCCUCCACUUGGUGCUUCGUCUCCGUGGUGGGAUGCAGAUUUUUGUUAAGACUCUAACUGGGAAAACCAUCACAUUGGAGGUGGAAAGUUCUGAUACGAUUGAUAACGUUAAAGCAAAGAUCCAAGACAAAGAGGGUAUCCCACCAGACCAGCAGAGGUUGAUCUUUGCAGGCAAGCAGCUCGAAGAUGGUCGUACCCUUGCUGACUACAACAUCCAAAAAGAGUCCACCCUCCACUUGGUGCUUCGUCUCCGUGGUGGAAUGCAGAUUUUUGUUAAGACCCUGACAGGCAAAACAAUCACAUUGGAGGUGGAAAGCUCGGAUACGAUUGAUAACGUCAAAGCAAAAAUCCAAGACAAAGAGGGUAUUCCACCAGACCAGCAGAGGUUGAUCUUUGCAGGUAAGCAACUCGAAGAUGGUCGUACCCUUGCAGACUAUAACAUCCAAAAGGAAUCCACCCUCCAUUUGGUGCUCCGUCUCCGUGGUGGAAUGCAAAUUUUUGUCAAGACCUUGACUGGAAAAACUAUAACCUUGGAAGUUGAAAGCUCAGAUACUGUUGAUAAUGUCAAGGCAAAGAUCCAAGAUAAAGAGGGGAUCCCACCAGACCAGCAAAGGCUGAUAUUUGCAGGCAAGCAGUUGGAAGAUGGGCGCACUCUUGCUGAUUAUAAUAUCCAAAAGGAGUCGACCCUCCACUUGGUGCUUCGCCUUCGUGGUGGUAUGCAAAUUUUUGUGAAGACCUUGACAGGGAAAACCAUCACUCUGGAAGUGGAAAGCUCAGAUACAAUUGAUAAUGUAAAGGCAAAGAUCCAAGACAAGGAGGGUAUUCCUCCAGACCAGCAGAGGUUGAUUUUUGCGGGAAAGCAGCUUGAAGAUGGGAGGACGCUGGCAGACUACAAUAUCCAAAAAGAGUCAACUUUGCACUUGGUGCUGCGUCUGCGUGGUGGGAUGCAGAUAUUCGUGAAGACGCUGACCGGUAAAACCAUAACUUUGGAGGUGGAAAGCUUGGACACCAUUGACAAUGUGAAAGCUAAGAUACAGGACAAAGAAGGUAUUCCUCCUGACCAGCAGAGGCUGAUUUUUGCCGGUAAGCAGUUGGAGGAUGGGCGAACUCUUGCAGAUUAUAAUAUCCAAAAGGAGUCAACACUGCAUCUUGUCCUUCGCCUCCGUGGUGGUUUCUGAGGCGAGAUUGUGGUGUCCUUGUUGUGCUCUAUCGUUAUGGUGGUUGUCUUCUAUACUGAUUUGGCCCUGAGAGGUCUUCUUGUCGUUUAUUGGAAAUGACAUUUAAUGCUAUAUGAAUCUCUUGAACUUCUUUUUUGGUUCAUCUUGGUAUACAUAUUUGUGUUUGGACUUGUUGCAAUGAGAUUCAUGUUUUAGGAUA